AAAAGAUAGAAGAGAAGAUAAUUAAAAAGAAAAAGAUAGAAGAGAAGGUGUUUAAUUAGGGCGAAGUCGCAUCGCACGGGUCACUUACUCCCUUUGCCGCUUGCAAGCUUGUUUUCUUCAUCUUCUUCUUCUUCAGGAUAUGGCAGAGCCUUCCAAAGUCAUUCACGUCCGGAAUGUUGGUCAUGAGAUUUCGGAGCCUGAUCUGCUUCAGCUAUUCCAGCCAUUUGGAGUCAUUAAUAAACUAGUAAUGCUUCGUGCAAAAAACCAGGCUCUCCUACAAAUGCAAGAUGUUCCUGCUGCUGUCAGUGCAAUGCAAUUUUAUGCCAAUGUGCAGCCAAGCAUAAGGGGAAGAAAUGUUUAUGUUCAGUUUUCAUCUCAUCAAGAGCUAACCACAAUGGAGCAAAAUACUCAAGGACGAGUAGACGAGGAGCCCAAUCGCAUUCUUUUGGUCACCAUUCAUCAUAUGCUGUACCCUAUAACUGUGGAAGUCCUGCAUCAAGUUUUUUCUCCUCAUGGAUAUGUCGAGAAAAUUGUCACCUUUCAAAAGUCAGCUGGUUUUCAAGCACUAAUUCAAUUUCAGUUACGGCAAAGUGCUGUGGUUGCAAGAAAUUCUCUUCAGGGGAGAAAUAUUUAUGAUGGUUGCUGCCAACUAGAUAUUCAGUUCUCAAAUCUUGAAGAGUUGCAAGUCAACUACAAUAAUGAGCGGUCUAGGGAUUUUACAAACCCAUCACUACCCUCAGAACAGAAGGGCAGACCCUCCCAACCUGGAUAUGGAGAUGCGGGAGCUGGAUAUCCACAGAUGAACAACGCGGCUGCAAUUGCCGCUGCAUUUGGAGGCGGCUUGCCUUCCGGAAUCACCGGGACCAACGACAGAUGCACUGUUCUUGCAUCUAAUUUAAAUCCUGAUCGGAUAGACGAGGACAAGCUGUUCAACUUGUUUUCUUUAUAUGGGAACAUUGUGAGAAUCAAGCUGCUUCGCAACAAACCAGAUCAUGCUCUUGUUCAGAUGGGUGACGGGUUUCAGGCUGAGUUGGCAGUACACUUUUUGAAGGGAGCCACUCUGUUUGGGAAGCGGUUGGAGGUUAAUUUCUCAAAGCAUCCUAAUAUUACAAUGGGUGCUGAAACACACGAGUAUCUAAACUCCAAUUUGAACCGGUUCAACCGCAAUGCUGCUAAAAACUACCGUUACUGUUGCUCACCAACCAAAAUGAUCCACCUAUCGACCCUACCGCAGGAUGUGACGGAAGACGAGAUUAUAUCCCAUCUUGAAGAACACGGGAGCAUCGUCAACACCAAAGUGUUUGAAAUGAACGGUAAAAAACAGGCUCUUGUUAUGUUUGAAAACGAGGAACAAGCAACUGAAGCACUUGUGUGCAAGCAUGCAACUACACUUGCAGAUUCUAUGAUUCGUAUAUCCUUUUCUCAGUUGCAGACAAUUUGACUAGUCAACCUCUCACCUUGAUGGAUUCCAUAAAUUUGCUCUCUUCAUUUUGUUCUCACAAACCCUUUGUUUGUUCUUGUGUGUAUUCUUACUUUUGAGAUUUUAGAUGCUUGUACGAUUUUUUUUCUUUUUGUUUGUAUUAUUUAUUUCGCUGUUUCUAGUUAUAUUGCUAUUUUGCAGAAUAAAAACUAAAAAUGGCUGCUGCUUGUUUAUGUUUA